AAAAUGAAAAAUAUUAGCAUCUUUUCUCUCUCCACUCUGUUAUCACUCUCUCUACUCUUCUAAUCUCUGCGAAAAUUCGAUAAUAUCUUCUCUACGUAACAGGAAAAACCAUAUUUCUCAAAUUCGCUUUAUCUCUCUCCCUUAUUUAUAAAAUAAGAAAAAUGGCUUCCACUCUGCAUCGCGUUCCGUGCUCCCACGCCUCCCCGCGCUCGGAUCUGACGCCACGUCGGCUUUCCGGCGGGAACUGCACCGUCAGAUAUCCUCGGCGGAGUCGGCUUCUCUCUCUGAGGACGAGAUGCGUCGCAGAGCGAAUCAAGAAGGCGGAGGUUUCCAGCGAGAAGAUUCUAGAGAUCCAAGGGACAAAGGAGAUCUCUAUAACAAGCAAUGUAAGUGCGGAAGAAGCAGAAGACACUGGUAAAGAGGAGCAACCAAAGACUGGAGUCAGACUGAACAUUGUUUUUGUCACUUCUGAAGCAGCUCCGUAUUCAAAGACAGGAGGUUUGGGUGAUGUCUGUGGUUCCUUGCCUAUUGCUUUUGCUGCUCGUGGUCAUCGUGUGAUGGUUGUAUCUCCUAGAUACCUGAAUGGAGUUUCAAAUAAGAAUUAUGAUAAUGCUGUGGACCUUGGAAGACGCAUUAACAUCAAUUGCUUUGGAGGACUACAGGAAGUUGCGUUCUUUCAUGAAUAUAGGGCUGGUGUUGAUUGGGUAUUUGUAGAUCAUCCUUCUUACCACAGAGGAGGAAACCCAUAUGGUGAUACACGGGGGGCCUUUGGUGAUAAUCAGUUUAGGUUUACAUUACUUAGUCAUGCAGCAUGCGAGGCUCCCUUGGUACUUCCUCUGGGUGGCUAUACCUAUGGGGAGAAAUGCUUAUUCCUUGUUAAUGAUUGGCAUGCAAGCCUUGUGCCAGUCCUUCUUGGUGCGAAGUACCGUCCAUAUGGUGUUUAUAAAGAUGCUCGCAGCAUUCUUGUAAUCCAUAAUCUUGCACAUCAGGGAGUUGAACCAGCAGCAACAUAUCAGAACUUGGGACUGCCAAAUGAGUGGUAUAGCGCUUUAGAGUGGAUUUUUCCAACUUGGGCGAGAGCACAUGCUCUUGACAAGGGAGAGGCAGUCAAUAUUCUUAAGGGUGCAAUUGUAACAGCAGACCGUAUAAUGACAGUCAGUAAGGGCUACGCGUGGGAGAUCACAACUAUUGAAGGAGGAUAUGGUCUUGAUCACCUCUUAGGCAGUAGAAAAAGUGUGCUGAAUGGAAUAACUAAUGGUAUUGAUGUUGAUGAGUGGGACCCUGCUAAAGAUAAACAGAUUCCAUCUUGUUAUUCUAUUGAUGAUCUCUCGGGGAAGGCUCUUUGUAAACAAGCAUUACAGAAAGAAAUAGGCCUUCCUAUCAGACCUGACUGCCCAGUGAUUGGAUUUAUUGGAAGAUUGGACUACCAGAAGGGCACUGAUCUUAUCAGAAUGGCCAUGCCUGAGCUUUUGAAUGAAGACAUUCAAUUUAUUAUGCUUGGAUCAGGAGAUCUUGCCACUGAAGAAUGGAUGAGAUCAGCUGAGGCUACCUAUCCAGAAAAGUUCCGUGGAUGGGUUGGAUUCAAUGUUCCUCUUUCACAUCGGAUAACUGCUGGGUGCGACAUACUUCUGAUGCCAUCUAGGUUUGAACCUUGUGGUCUAAAUCAAUUGUAUGCAAUGAGAUAUGGGACGGUUCCAGUAGUUCAUGCCACAGGAGGCCUAAGAGAUACAGUGGAGAAUUUUAAUCCCUUUGCCAAUGAAGGCAGAGGUCAGGGUACAGGGUGGACGUUUUCACCACUAUCAAAGGAGAGUAUGUUAGUGGCUCUAAGGUAUGCAAUGAAAACCUAUAGAGAGCACAAGGAUACAUGGGAAGGGUUGAUGAAGCGAGGGAUGUCGCAGGACUUCACAUGGGACAACGCCGCUUCCCAGUAUGAGCAAAUAUUCAAGUGGGCAUUCCUCGAUCCUCCAUAUAUUCAAUGAUAAGUUUCUUGCAACCGAGACCAUGACAAUCCUAUGGAAUCAGCCUUUUGUUGGAACUCUUAACCUAUUCUUUAUUUAGUAUGUAAGUUUUUUAUAGUUCGGAAGAUUUUCUUGACUACUUGCUUGUAGAGCAUUUAUUUUGGAACCUUUUCGACAAUAGAAGAAAGUAAUCAUAUAGAAAAGGUAUUUUCCCGGUC